AUGACGAUGGAACAUCGCUAACUCAGGACAAAACGAAAGACGAUCAUCAGAAUGACGCGAAAAUUGAGCAAAUUUCUCAUCCUAUUCGAGAAUACCAAUCUUCUCUACUUUCCUGGACAUUUCCUUUCGGGUCGAGUGCUCAUUGAACUCGACGACGAGGCAUACGUAUCAGGACUGCACUUCCACGUGAUAGGCGAAGGCGUGGUACGAGUGCGCAGUCAACGCGCCGAGCGUGUCUACGACAAGGAGAACUACAUCGACUUUCGUAUGCGAUUACUUGGCGAGCCAGGUGAUGGCCCGUCGUUGUUGUCACCGGGCAUACACAGUUUUCCCUUCAAGCUUGGCUUACCACUGGGACUACCAUCGACCUUUCUCGGCAAGCACGGAUGGGUGCAGUACUACUGUAAGGCUGCGCUAAGGGAGCCUGGCGGUCUUGUGCACAAGAAUCAGCAGGUGUUCAUUGUCAUGAACCCCAUCGACUUGAAUUUGGAGCCACCGAUAUUAGCGCAACCAGCCCGAUUAGAAGUGGAGCAGCACGUUGGAGUAUCGUGUGUUUCCGGAGGUCCAGUAUUCUGCCGAGUAAGUCUCGACAGGGGCGGUUACGUUCCAGGCGAGAGCAUCGGUAUCUCGGCUACCGUGAGCAACCGCAGUAAAGUCACCAUGAAGUCAACCAAGGCUUCGCUCACCGAAACAAUUCAGUACCUAUGCCGUGGUAAAAUACUUGCCAGCGAGACUCGCGAGCUUGCCAGUGUAUCCAGAGGUAAAAUCAGACCUGGCGAGGGCGAAGAAUGGUUGAACGAACAGCUGUACGUGCCACCUUUGCCACCCACUAAUUUGAGAGGAUGUCAUUUGAUUAACGUUCUUUAUCAUGUUUACUUCGUGAUAACUCCGAAGAGUUUGGACAAGGAGAUAAAACUUCAGAUUCCAAUAGUACUGGCGACAUACCCACUCCGACAAGAAGGUGCACCAGCUGGCACUGCACCAUCCAAACGCGGAGCUCAUUAUCCAUCCACUCUACCGAUCUUUCGACCGUGGCUAGACGACAAAACUUUCGAUGUUGAAGAUUGAGUUAUUUCAA